UCCGCAUUCAGCUCAGAGCAGAUCUCCGAGUCGCCAUCUCCACAGUCAGCACUGAACAGCCGCUGCAGGCAUCCAACCAUGAGCCAGAGUCCAGAGAGGAUCUCAUCCUACCGACGGCACUUUGAGGACGGCUCACCCAGCCUCCUGCGUGUCGCGAGCCCAUCCCCGACCCGCCGACAUCGCUCAGCCAGUGCCAUGGCGACCAGCAUGCGUGUGGAGAGCGUGGGGAAGAGGGCGUUCUCUAGCACACGCUCGCCCCUCAGGGCCAGCAUUAGCACGAGCGCGCUCUGUGUCAGCGCCCGCAUGGCCGGCGCCUUCGACCUGGAGGCAGCCACUGCGGAGAACCAGCAGUUCCUCAGCACGCGGAGCAGUGAGCGGCAGGAGAUGGUGGUGCUGAACGACAGGCUGGCGGCCUACAUCGAAAAAGUUCGCACUCUGGAGCAGGACAACAAGCUGCUGGAGACGGAGAUUAGCGAGCUGGAGAAGCGGUUCGUCAAGCCAUCGGGGCUGCGGGGUCUCUACGAGGAGCAGCUGAGGGAGCUACGGAGGGUCGCCGAGCAGAUGAAAGCACAGCGGGACCUCGCUCACUCUGCAAAAUCCGCAAUGGCCUCUCAGCUUGAGAUGCUUAAAGUCAAAUAUGAGGAAGCAGUAGAAGCCCGGAAGAAGGCCGAGCUGGAGAUCGAAGCCUUUCGGCCGGAUGUGGACGCAGCUACCUCUGCUCGUAUCAGCCUGGAAAAACAGCUCGAGAACCUGCAGGCGGAAGUUGAAUUUCUGAACAGGGUGCAUAAAGAGGAAAUCGAGGAAUUAAUGCAACAGAUUUUCAGCGCAGUUGCCAAAGUCGAGGUGGCAUUCUCUCUCCCAGACUUAGCUUCUGCCCUUAAAAAAAUCCAGUCUCAGUAUGACAACAUUGCCGCAAAGAAUUUACAGGAGAUGGAUGCUUGGUAUAAAGCGAAAUUUGAAGACCUAAAUAACGCCUCUAGUAAACAUGUGGAAAAAGUCCGAAACGUAAGAGGAGAGAUUUCAGAAAUGAAGAAAGAUAUUCAGAGUAAGGAGCGUGAGUUGGAUGCUCUGAAGACCAGGAACGAGGCUCUGAAAGUGAAAAUCCGAGAGACUCAAGAGAGGCACAAGAAAGAACUGGAGGAACUACAGGGGAAGAUCGACAGCCUUAAACUCGAGCUGAAGUCCAUCAAGGAGAAAAUUGCUCUUCACAUGCGAGAAUAUCAGGAUCUGCUGAAUGUAAAGAUGGCUCUAGAGAUAGAAAUAAUCACCUACAGGAAGCUCAUAGAAGGUGAGGACACACGCCUGACGGGCAUGGUGAGAGGGACGUCUCUGAUGAGAGGCAGCACCGAUACCAGCUGGGGCAUGACAGGUCACACCAGCGCCAUCGAGAGCUAUUCCAAGGAACAGGCAGUGGAGGUGACCGAGAGGAAGACAUUGCUGAUCAGAACAGUUAAGGCAGAAGAUGAAGUCAUACAGAGCGACAUUCAAGAGCGAACCUUUAGCAUUUCAGGUGCGGCAGAUGAUUCUGAUGAAGAAUAGAAAAGCAAAGCUACUUUCUAAUCCCCUUUGAAGUGCCUCAGAGUCCACAACCAUGGACAGUCAUUCCUGUAACCGUCUUUUUGAAGUACCCCAGAGUCGACGUCCAUGGGCAAGGUUUCCUGUAACCCUCUUUUAAGGACACCAGAGUCCACAACCAUGGACAGUCAUUCCUGUAACCGUCUUUUUGAAGUACCCCAGAGUCGACGUCCAUGCCAAUCUUUCUAUUCCCCUUAGAAGGACCAAAGGACUCAUGUCUAUGUCCAAUCUUUCUUCUAAGGCCCCAGAAUCAACAUCCAUGGAAAUUUUACCCCGUUUGAAGGACCCCAGAGUCCAAACUGACAUCCAGCUCCUUCUCCACAAUAUAACAUUACAUAGAGUCACAGAGGGAUUACACUGGUACUCUGUACAAUGGGGCAUAAUAAGGAAUUAAAAAAAAAUUCUUUUUGCUUAAUCCAGCUUUUGCUUAAGAAACUGUCAAAUAAAAUUCUCAGCAAAA